UAAAACAAUUUGUAUCUUGUUACAAGUGGGCAUUGAUUUUUAUUCUGUGUAGUAAAUAGGCUAAAUAAAACAAAGAAAAUUCUAAGUUAUACAAUGGGCGAGACGAACGUGGAGGAAACGAUUAAGCAGGAUGAAGAAGGCACGUUGGCUAUUGAUACAAAAACUGUAAAGUUAGACGUAAGAACUCUGAAGAAGAUUAUCGAGUGCUGCCAAGAAAACCAAGCAGAUACCUUGGAGCAUGUUACGCCGUGUUCUCUAAUAGAUAUGGGAUUUCUAUUUGACGAGUCCAUUAAAUGUAAUCUAAUAUGUAAUCAAGACAGUCUGAGAGCUGCCAUAGCCAAAGUUGUGGAAAAUGGCAUUCAUACGGACGUCAAGGUGAUUGUGCAUGGCCACACCUUCGAUUGCCAUUUGGCAGUGCUGCAGGUGUCAACAGAAUACUUUAAACAGUUUUCCUCGACCAAUUUGAUCGUUGUCAACGUGGUACAGUUAACGAAGGCCGGCUUUGAAAUGGCCUAUGAAUGGAUGAUCAAGCCGGAUAUGAUACCACAUCGCAGUAAAAUUAUAGAGUUGUAUCUCGCUGCGCGCUUUCUAAAUAUGCCUCAUCUGAUAAACCAGCUGUGGUACUGUUUCGAAAACAUCGAGUUCUUUCGUGAGGGAGAGGCCUUCAAGCUAUAUCUGCAGGCAACGCCCCAUCCGACGGCCACGCUGCAAUCCCUGCUGCUGACUCGAGUGAAUCGGUUCUUUUUGCCAGCCGUGGCAACAGUGGAGUACUUGCAACUGAAGGCUGAGCAAGUCUAUGACAUGCUCACAACUAGUGUCAUCGCCGUUAACUCCGAGAUGGAGGUCUUUCUGAGCGCCUUUCGUUGGCUGAUGUACGAGUGGGAGACGCGCAAGGCACAUACGGAGCUUCUAAUGAAGGCCGUAAGAUUCAAUCUGAUGCCAGCAUGGUAUAUACUCUCGCUGAAGACCAAGCAAGCGCAGCCAGAGCUUGCGGAAUUGCUUUCCAAUCCCACGGUCCAUUCCACAGUCAAUGGGGGCCUAUCCUACACGGUGACACAGCACUUCAUACACAGCGAAUCCCCGCUACAUAAGCCACUUCAAAUGCACAAUACGCAGCAGCGUGAAUGGGUCAUCGAUGAGCUGGCUGGUCAUCAUCAUCUCUACAAGUGCCCCAAAUGGCAGUACCUGGACUAUGAGCAUUUCAAUAUCUAUCUGGAGCAGAUCAUCACUGCCGGGCCGCACCACUAUCUGACCCUAAAGCCUUUCAAGCCUUCGAAUUUCUUGCCCUGCUGCCAGGCAGUGGUUCAAAAUUGCAAAACUAUUGCAGACAUGUGAUUUUCAUUAACAUUUUACAAAACGAUUUGCCCAUUCGUUUGGGGGCGGCUGUUUGCUUCGUGUGGGCUCAGCGAGUCCAAAUACACCCUGGGGUGCGAUGUAAUUGCUACAAAUAAUUCCAUUAGUCCGAGCAGCCGUUUUGGCUGCAUUUCCCGCUUCUGUUUUACAUUCGCAUUGAGCGUUUCUAAUUAGCUCAAUGGCUGCCAUUUGCUAUAUUAAUUGUCAACGUUUAUGAACUAAGUGUUGCGACCUCCUCCCUCUCCCUCUCUCUCUCUGUGUGUCUGAGUGGCAUGUGUGGCAAUUGGUGUUCGUGUGUUUAUGUUAGUUAAACACUAGCAAUGCAAAUACAAUAACAACACUCGGACGCUUGUGUAUGCUAACAGUAAUCAAAAACACGAAAAAAUUUAAAUAAACAUCAAUUUCAAGCAACGGCAGUUACGACAACGACAAAGAGGUAGCUAUACUAAGGUCCGUCCGACGACUAGUUGAUACACAUUUUGAAACACAUUUUUCUAUACACAAAACUCACAUCAUUCUGCAAGCUACACAUUUUGAAAUGCAUUUAAAUUUUAACCUAUUCCUAUGGCCCAACAUUCAUCAAGCUCGUAUGAAUGCUGGCGGUAAUCCCAGGAAUAUAAACAAUUUUAAUCUGGGAACUUUUUAUACUCUUA